AACAACAUCCAUCUUGCAAGUUCCUUUGGGCUCAAGCUCCGCACAAAGUUUGUUAGGCCUUGCAGUGUCUAAGCCACCAGAUCUGCUGCCCGUCUUACGACCGACCGAUCGAUCGCCGAAUAUGUCGACCGAUCCGAAAUAUGAUGAGCUGCAUAAGCAACUCUUUGAAGAGGGGCUCAAAGUAAGACGGAGUGUCGUGGGCGAUGAAUACGUUAACCGUGCACUGGAGAAUGGCUCGACCGAGUUCUCACGAGCUGGUCAGGAGCUCGUCACGGAGAUGUGCUGGGGCUAUGCUUGGACGAGGCCAGGGCUGGACAAGAAACAGAGGAGCUUGAUCAAUAUCGGUAUGCUCAUGGCACUCAACCGCGCCCCUGAGCUGGCGGUUCACGUCCGGGGGGCUAGGAACAACGGACUGUCGGAGCUUGAAAUCCGGGAGGCAAUUAUCCACGCGACAACAUACUGCGGCGUGCCGGCUGGCGUCGACGCGAUGAAAACGGCUGAAAAGGUUUUGAACGAAAUGGCUGAGAAGGGUGAGAUGCCGCGUGAAUUGGGCAACAGAAGCGAACGGGCGUGAUGAUGGAAGGUGGCGCGUUGCGUGGCGUCAGGCUCGGAAGGAUCCUGCCGGGCUACCGACAGCAGGUUCGACAGCUGUAUCAGACUUCAUCGACACCAUCAGCCAGUCAGUGAUGCAUUGCAAUGUAAAAUCAUUUACAAUAAUU